UUCGGGUUUGACAUCAAUAAAUGCAGGAGUGAGUUCGUAGGGAGUGGACGUUUCUCGUUUGUUAGUCCUUCGCGUUUGUAUUAUAUUCGUCUUCUUUUAGUAUUUUACUUUAAAUCGACUAACUAUGAGCAUCGCUGCGCUCUUAGAAGCUGCGGAGUACAUUGAGAGGCGAGAACGAGAAGCAGAGCACGGAUAUGCUUCAACACUGCCAAUGCCCGAUGAUCUCAGGAGCGUAACGAAAAGGCCAAAGACAAAGAAAUCUCAGGGAAGCAGGACGACACAUAACGAAUUGGAAAAGAAUAGGAGGGCCCACCUGCGAAACUGCCUGGAGAAGCUGAAAGAGAUGGUGCCGCUGGGACCCGAAGCAUCCCGGCACACCACCCUGGGCCUCCUGACGAAAGCGAAACGGUUCAUAAAGAACCUGGAGGACCGCGAGCACAAGCACGCCGUGCACAAAGAGCAGCUGAGCAGGGAGCAGCGGUUCCUGAGGCGGCGCCUCGAGCAGCUGCACGCCUACUGCGCCCUCUCCAAGCGGCGCUCCGUCUCCGAGUGCUCCACCUCCACCGUCUCCAGUACAAAUUCCUCCGCAUCGUCCUCGCUGUCGUCCGCGUCGCCCUCCUCCAUAUCCGAAUCGGAUGAAGUUGACGUGAUCGGUUACACGAGCAACCAGAGCGACACUGAUGACCAUAGCAGUGUGCAGUCCACCUCCAGUGAUAGCGGGGUCGCCAUGUCCACCAGUCGCCUCACCCUCUCUGAGAUGGAAAUCAUCUAGGUGAACGGGGAUGAAGCUGGGAGCAGUUGAGGGACAAGACAUCAGCCUGCCCAAGAUCUGCCAUGCCCUGCCUUCUCCUCGGCCUGCAAACCAUGCACCGUCUUAACAGAGCCAGUAUAUUGCAUUUGUAUUAGUAACCCACCACACUCAUUUCUCCUCUAGUCAACAAUGGUAACAUCUGUAUUAUAAAAGAGAUUUGGGAAAAUAAGCACAAUGCAUACACUGCAUGUGCAGAUUUUAUUUAUGUAAAUUGUACAUAUAUUCAUUUUAAAGAGAAUAUUAAAGGCCUUUCUGUAUUAUUUGCAGGUGUAGAUGGUCAGGAAUAAUUUUUUCUGUCCAGUUUUAUUUGGCAUUAGCAUUUUUGAAAGUGCAGAUAUGUUUUAACAAAUACUAGUGCUGUGCAUGGAUUAAGAGACUAUUUUUUAAAGAAAUUUCUCAUAAAUGACCCUAGCAGGCAGAUCUCUGGAUGGUCUCCUCUGAACUCUCUUCUGUAGUUUACAUCGGUUAAGUAUAUGUCGUUAUAUUUCUCCAAAGACAGCCAAGACACUGCCCCGUACUUCGGUUUACUUCUGCCGUGCAGUGGUCCGAGAAUCACAUUGAAAAUUAGUAUGACUGUGUAUCCUGUACAUAGGUUAAUUGUUUCCUCACAGAGGGGCCAGGGGACAGGGAGAAAUGUUAUUUUUACUUAAGUGAUACGUUGCAAGAAGAGUGUGAGGAGUGGAUCUGCAAGUGGAACUGAUGCCUGGGCCGAUGUGGACCCAGUGAUACCCGCCCACACUUGCGUGUGCCAGAUCUCUAGAACCAAAAUGUUGUCUGUCCCUCUGUUCUCCUUCCUGACAGCCUGGGGAAGAACAUGGAAAAUAUUAUUAUAUUUAAAGAUAUAAAAAAAUAUUAAAAACAUCAAAACUUUCAAAGAGUACAAAUUCUGUAUAAGUCCCUCAUGAUAGUGGGGAACUUUUUAUGUUAAAAUUUCCAUGGACUUGGGUUUCAGCAGAUAGUAAAGUAGGGCACAACACUCUUAUUUUACUAUUUAAUGAUAAAAGUGGAGAAAGGAGGAUAAUGUUUACCUGACCAACCUCUUUCUCCACUGACUGAAAAAGAAAACUGCAUUAGAGGCCAGCCCUGUGCUAUAUGCUGAAACGCUUGUGUUCCAGUGGUUAGAACUGAAAGCCUCUUCACGUGUAGCAACGGUGAAACGGAAAUGUGCGACUGAGUGAGAGUGACUGCUUGUGUCAGUGCGAAAGAAGGGUAUAUACCGUGAGGAAUGGCUAAAGCUGUGUACAAUAAGAUUGUGAGUGGACUGAGUGGGAUUGUAUCCAGGAAUCCAAUACUAAUGUGGUAAUAAAGGCAGAAUGAUCUGAAGGAGUCAUUUUAACUACUCUUUGAAUUAAAAAUUCAAUUGUGCAAUUAAUUAGACACGUGAGAUACUGUUAUUUCAGUCUUUAUAAUUAUAUUAUUAAUAUAAAAUAUUAUUAUAAUUAUUAUAAGUAAGAGGUAUGCCUGUGAUUAAUGUUGUCUCUUGUGGAAAAGAAUCCUGGAUUCUGUCCCCUCUACCCAGUGAUCGAGACGACUGAAAAUAAGAUAGUAUUUUAAGCCACCUGAACACUGAUGACAGAAAGAGGCUGUAGUUUGUCAGCUGUUUAAUGUGUCUGCUUCUCUUAGCUGCAAGGUUAUAGAAAACACAAAAAAAUACCUAACUACCUUUCUGUUUAAAGAAAAGAGCUUCAAGGAUUCUUCACAAAACCAAAAAUGAAAAACAAACAAAAAAAUACAUAGAAGUAUAUGUUACUGAAAGCACUGUCUGUUUGGUCUCAAGGUAUCUAUAAAGUGUGAUACAACAGGACAAGAAAAUUUUUUGUAGAUUAAUUUUUGUGAAAGUUUUUGUGUAGCAGCAAUAUGAAUUGAUACCAGUACUGUGAAUAUUUGGUAUCUCAGCUUAGGUUCAGCCACAUCUGUCAUGGUUUUGUGUUUGACAUCUUUGUUAGAAGCACUGGAAAGAAUAGAAAGGCUAUCAUCUUCAUGUUUUGAAGCCACCUUGCUGCUUUUGUGUUAUAGAUAUACCAGACAGACCUACCCUCCAGAUAUUUCUGUUUCCAGAUGCUUUCUGUGGUCAGUUCUGUUAUGUUACCCUUCACGUGAUCAUAUUAUGAACAGUGACCUAAUGCAGAAUUGCAUGAAUGAAUUCUUGUAAUAGACAUUUAGAAAAACAUUUUAUGUCUAUUAUUCCAAUGAUUUUUCUCCCUUUUUAUGGCUGUCUGAAGAACUGAUUGUACAUAUUACUUGUAACUAUUCAUAUUGCAUCAUUGUUUUGUUCUUAAUUUUCUUGAUUCUACAGAAAAUAAAAUUUGUGUAUUAUUGUAAUAUUUGAUGUAGUUGUCUUUUUGGUUCUCCAUUUCCCAAAAUUUGAAGCAAAACACACAUUUGUAGUUAACAGGAUGUUUAUAGAGUAUAUAUUUCAGUCCAUUAUGUAUCAACACCAAGUGUUGUAUCAUGCUAAAGCACCCUGUUCCAAGUAGUCCACAUUUAGGAGGUCAGUACACAAAUAAAAUAUACUGAAAGUCUUAAAAGAAAUUGUUUUUGAAUGUGUAUCCUCCUUCAUUUAAAAUUUAUAAUGAAAUGAAUUUUCCCUAGUGUUCAUAAAUGUGCUGCAUGAAUAACUGUGCUAUAUCAUACCAUAAGGAAGUUGGUAUUGACAAUAAAGUACUGAUGGCAAUCAAUUUAACUUUACCUGCAUGUACAAUAGAGCACAAAUGAAUCAGACUGAUUGGAGUAGUAUUGGUCCAGAUAACGUUAGCAUUAUAGACAUUUAUUACAAAUAGUGUUACACAGUACAAUGUAAUGGAUACAUAUUAAUGCUGAAAGUAUAUUUUAAUCUAUUUUUAAUAGAGUAUUCUUUAAAGUAUUGCACAAAAUGUAAUGUAAUGUAUAGUAUAUUAAAUGUGAUUAAGAUAAUAGCUGAAUAAGACAUACUGUAAAUUAGAUCUCAUUUAUUUGCAGCCAAUAAGUGAUCAGUUUUUAAAUCAAUAGCUCAACAUUUUGUCUCCCCUCCCACAAGCUUUCUUCGACUGGUUACAGAUAUAUUUUUGGCAUAUUUUAUGAGUACAUAUAUAUUCUUGUUAGUACUUACAUUUAGAUCAACUGAGCUACACCUAAAAGCAAAAAUAUAUGUUAUGUUACACAAGAACUAAUAAUUGUAGUGUUAAAUGUACAAACUUUGUCUCGUUUAAAUGAAAUUACGUGUAUGCUGUGCUAGGUAGAAAUUUCAAAAGGAACUGAAUUCAGACUUACAGUUACACAUACAUAAUAGCAGAUGAAACCAGUGGCGUACAUUCAGUUGCAAAUCAAGCAUACAGUUUGUUUACAGAAGUCAUUGAAUUAUAUAUGACGUACAUAGCUGAUGACAAAUUACUUUGAAUGUGUUCUAAAACAAUUCUAAGAUGCCAUAUUACUGCAAAUGCACAAUUAAUUAGAGAAAAACAGCAUUGUGAAACUGUGUUUCAGACGUAAUUGCAUAAAAAGCCAUUACUAAGGACUUUGAAUUAGAUUGCAUUGGGUUAAUGAUAGUGAUGCUUGUAGUGCAAAACAUUGGGUAGACUGAACUAUUUACACUUUUCCCUACUACAUCGGCAACCAGGUUUUUUUCCUGUUUGAACCUAUAUCUGCCCCUUCAGUUUAGUGCAGUUCUGGUGUUUUCAUAUAUUUCUUCACUUCUCUUAGUUAAGAUCAAAUCUACUUUCAAAAAUAGUGUGUCAAGACAUAGCCAAUUGAACAUAUAUCAGCCCUACAGCUGUUUUUACUGAUUUAAUUGGGCAGAGACUGGGAGGUAAUUGGUAUUGCAGUUAAUGAUGAAGUAAGAAACUUUUAAUCCUGUUGCAUAAAAAUACAUAAUGGAAAAAUUCUUUCUACUGUCAGUUGAUUUAAUAGCUUUUGUCUAAAUACCUGUAACAAAUUUAUUAAGAACAUCCAUUCAAAAUGAAACAAAUCACAUCUUUCAGCAUAUGUAUGAUCAGUUGCAUAUAUGUUUUGACAAAUUCUGCCUCAGUGUAAUUUCAUGAUGAUUUAGUAAUUUGAAAAUCAUUAUGGUGAUUAUUUGAACUGCCAAUGCAUGUGUUGAAUAUUCAUCCUCAAAACACAAAUAUAUUAUCACAUUGAAAAUA